AGUUUUUGGGUUCGGGUAAAAUACCAAGGUCCUAGAAAAAAAAACCUUAACAAAAUUAGGGUUUCAUUUACCUCUUUUUCUCUAUGCUCCAAAAAUAAGGUUACUCCUUCAGAUCUCUCAAACGACUGGGCGAUGAAAGCUGAGGAACUGGGAAACGAAGAGGUGACAUGUUCUGAUAGGAUCAGUGACCUACCUGAUGACUUGCUCUUUCGAAUCCUCUCAUUGAUUCCGGUAAGAAUGGCAAUGUCCACAAGCUUAUUGUCUAAACGAUGGAACUAUGUGCGGAAGAUGAUGCCAACGCUCAUGUAUGACGAAUCAUGCCCCUACAAUGGUUCCCUUGGAUUUGACCAAUUUUGUGUCAUGUCCUUGUCAUUACAUGAAGCUCCUGUUCUCAAAACCCUAUAUAUCAAACUUACAAAUCAAUAUGAUUCCAUAGAUACUCUGUUAUUCCCAAACAUUCGUUCCACUCUCCUGAAGAUCAAAAUCACGUUGUCUUCUGGUUAUCACAGUCCCACCAGAUUCCCAAAUAACCUCAACGUCUUCAAAACACUCCUUGUCUUGAAACUCCACGGCAACUUUGUUCUGAGCUUUGUAGAUUCUCCUGUGUGUUUCCCUUCCUUGAAAAGGUUACAACUCACAUGUGUGAAUUUCCGGUGCGAAAAAUCUUUCAAAGGAAUUUUAUCGGCUUGUCCUGCUCUUGAAGAUCUCAUCCUCCAUAGACUUUGUGGUCUUGGACGUUUUUUGUUCAGUAUAUCAUCCCCUUCUCUACAGAGGUUAUCCAUUACUACACUAGGUGCCUACUAUUAUUACGAUGCCACGAUACAUAAGAUAAGUGCACCUUCUUUGGAAUACUUGAAGAUCUUCGAUGACCGAGGUUGUUAUAAUUUCGUUGGUGAUAUGCCUAAGUUGGUGGAGGCGGAUGUAAAAGUUCAUCUAUCGAAAAUUAAGAAGCUUCGGAAAUUUCUUUCUUCACUUGAACGUCUUUCGAUACGUUUAUAUCCUGCAAUAAUUCUUAAUCUUACGGAUAGUUUAAUCUUCAAACGGCUUCUUCAUCUUGAAUUAGGCUACAGCUUUUACUCUAAUCUACUUCUGGGUUUGCUGAAAUAUUUUCCUAAUUUACGAUCUCUCAAGCUUGUCCAACCAUAUCUCACAGUUAACGAGGACCAACUGUACUGCUUAGUCUCUGUUCCUGAAUGCUUGAGCUUCCAUCUCGAGAAUCUCCAGUGGUCAGGCUAUGGAGGAACACUGACUGAGAGAGAAGCUGCAGUUUACAUUCUUAAAAACGCUCAUUUUCUAAAGACUGCUACUAUCUCAUUACAGAAAACGAGCAUGGAUAAUGGUCAGAUUAUGAUGAAGGAUUUGAGAUCUAUUUCCAAAGCUUCGGCCUCAUGUCAGCUUGUAAUCGAAUUAUAGCUUUUUUUUCCGGGAAAUACAUUUUGGAUUUGAAAUUGACUUUACUUCAGAAAUAUCAUAUAUUCUCAGUAAAAAGGUAUUGGAUUAGCAUUUGAGAACAAAGUGUUUCAUAUUUUUCGUUGACCAAAGUGUAUACUGCGGAAUUACUUUUAAAAAAAUUAAUUAAAAUAUAAAUAUUUAACUAUUUUUUUUAUAUUUAUGAUAACUUGCAAAGAGUUUAACCAUAAAUAAUCUCUUAACCAUCCCAUCAAAUAAGUGAAAGAUUCGUUAAACUGUGAAACGUUACUUUGCAAUAAUAUGACGUGUUUUCAAUGCCAAUAAAAAGUAACUCAUCCAAUAGUAUUUAACAUCUAGAAAAC